CCUACUCACUCUCAUUUCUCUAUACUCCUUGCUCUUAUUCUACUUUCUCUAUUACAUCAUCAUGAGUUUUAGUUUGGUCCUUUCUGUAGCCAUUUUUCUCCUCGUUCUCCUGGGGUUUCUCAGGCGGGUUAAUGGGUGGUUUUACGACUACAAAGUGGGCGAAAAAAGCUAUGAGCUUCCUCCCGGUGACAUGGGCUGGCCAUUCAUCGGAAACAUGUGGUCGUUCCUCUUGGCUUUUAAGUCCAACAAUCCUGAUUCCUUUGUUUCCAGCUUUAUUCAAAGGUUCGGGAGAACCGGUAUUUACAAGGCGUUUAUGUUCGGGAACCCAAGUGUUAUUGUCACAACACCGGAAGCUUGCAAAAGAGUUCUGACAGAUGAUGAAACAUUUAUGCCAGGAUGGCCUGUUUCCACAGUCAAGCUCAUGGGGGAGAAAUCCUUCAUUGGCAUUUCUUUCGAAGAACACAAGCGGCUGAGACGAUUAACAGCUGCACCGAUAAAUGGUAACGAGGCACUCUCGAUUUAUAUGUGUUACAUUGAAGAUCUCGUAAAGUCUGCAUUGGAUAAGUGGUCGAAAAUGGGGAAAAUUGAGUUCUUGACUGAGGUCAGGAGGCUCACUUUCCGCAUUGUUAUGUACAUUUUUUUGAGCUCUGAGAGUGAAGCUGUACUUGAGGCACUCGAAAGAGAGUACACUACACUUAACUAUGGAGUUAGAGCCUUGGCGAUAAAUAUUCCUGGAUUUGCAUAUUAUAGCGCGCUUAAGUCACGGAAGAAACUUGUGGCUCUUUUCCAAUCUAUAUUGAAUGAGCGUAGAUCACGGAUAAAGAGUAACUCAGCAUCAUCAAAGAGGGAUAUGAUGGAUGCUCUGUUACAUGUUGAAGAUGAAAAUGGUAGGAAACUGAAUGAUGAAGAAAUUAUUGAUGUUCUGCUCAUGUACUUGAAUGCUGGUCAUGAAUCUUCUGGGCAUAUUAUCAUGUGGGCCACGGUCUUUUUGCAAAAAAAUCCUGAAAUUUUUGCAAAAGCCAAGGCCGAGCAAGAGGCUGUAGCGAAGAACAGACCCCCUAAUCAGAAGGGAAUGACAUUGAGAGAAUAUAGACAAAUGGAAUAUCUGUCCAAGGUUAUUGAUGAAACACUUCGCUUAGUAACAUUUUCACUGACUGUCUUCCGCGAAGCAAAAAAAGAUGUGAAAGUCAAUGGUUAUACAAUUCCAAAAGGUUGGAAAGUUUUAGUGUGGUUCAGGACUGUUCACCAUGAUGAAGAUAUUUAUCCCGAACCUUUGGAGUUCAAUCCCUCGCGAUGGGAUGAUUUCACACCAAAAGCCGGGUCAUUCCUUCCUUUUGGAGCAGGAAGCAGACUCUGUCCUGGAAAUGAUCUCGCAAAGCUUGAAAUAUCAGUUUUUCUUCACCAUUUCCUUCUCAACUACAAGCUCGAAAGGGAAAAUCCUGAGUGUCCGUUGAUGUUCUUACCCCAUACCAGACCAAAAGAUAACUGCAUGGGAACAAUCAGAAGGGUUUCAAGUGAGAAUUGAGGCAUAGAUAGAGGGCAAAGGAGAGAAGAAGUUUGGCACAUUAUCAAGUUUAUAGAACUUGAUAAUGACUAUCAACAGUUCUUUCUAUAAUAUCUUAGUGUUCCUUUAUUUGUAGUUUGUUUCCGCGUAUCUUUGUACUUGGUUUUCUUUGAGAUCAAUAUCAUGGUACGUUAUGGUUUUGCUUGGUUCAA